AACAACAAUGGGCAAAUCCUCGGCGUCACAGGUGCUGUGCUCGGCAUGGCAGUCUUCGCCGUCGUACUACGAAUGUUCGUCCGCAUCACCAUGGUCAGAAAGGUCGGCGCCGACGACUAUGUCAUCCUCCUCUCACUAUUGCUCGCGGUUGGAACCAUGAUUUGCUUCGCUGCUGAGAGCUUCACUCUGGGCGGUCGUCAUAUCAUGUGCAUGUCCCAGCAUGACUUUUACAUCUUCGCCAAGUGGCAGUUUUACCACUCAAUUUGGGUCAUGGCUGGUGUCGUCCUCGUCAAGGUCUCGAUCGCGCUCUUCCUGAUGCGACUGGUGCCGCCGAAGAGGAGCUGGAAGGCGUUCCUCUGGGGUUCAAUCGUCUUCUUGAUCUGCUUCAUGCUCGUCUGCGCCCUGACACUCGUUUUCCAAUGCAAACCGAUCUCUGCAGCGUGGGACUACAAACUCAAGAAACAGCCGGGCACGAGGUGUUUCAACACAAAAGCCUUCAUCGAUCUCGGCCUAUUUAACAGCAUCGUUAACUGCGUCACGGAUGCCAUGUUCGCAACUUUGCCGGUCCCGAUCAUCCUGGGACUGCAGGUCAACACGAGGACGAAGAUCACAUUGGCUGGCAUUCUCGGUCUUGGAUACACUGCCUGCGCCGCUGGAAUCGUGAAGGCGAUUACGCAGUAUACUUUCUUCAGCAAGAAGGAUCCCUUCUGGCACAACGCUUUCAGUGUGUGGAAUAUGAUUGAGCUGUGUGUGGGAAUCACGGCCGCUUCCCUUCCAGCGCUGAAGCCACUCAUCGUUCGGUGGCUCAGCGCAACCAAAGCACUGGUCGACAAGAACUCGAAGCACCACAGGCGG